AUGGAGCUUUUAUGGUCCGUUUUGGGCUUGUUCGCAGCAUUCUUUGUGUCCCAGAUCAUCUAUGAUGUCUUCUUCUCCCCGUUGAGGUCCAUCCCAGGACCUUCUUUGGCCCGUUUUACGAGGCUUUGGGAAUUGCAUGUCCUUCAACAUGGACACUCGCAUAUGGAAUUCGUCCGUCAACAUGAGAAGCAUGGUACUGUCGUUCGAGUAGCACCAAACCGUUAUAGCUUCAGUCGCCCUGAAGACGUCAAACUCAUCUACUCCCCCGGCAGCAAAUUCCCCAAAUCCGAGUACUACGAGGCCUCCGGCAACCCUCACCAAACCAACAUCUUCUCCGUCCGGGACAUGGCAGAUCAUGCGGAUAGACGCCGGAAGGUCGCUUCGUUGUAUACUAUGUCGACUAUGGUGGCUUAUGAGUCUGCUGUGGAUCGGAUGACUGCGGUUUGUCUGAGGAAGUUGGAACAGAUUGGUAGGGAAGAGAGGUCUGUGUCUGUGCCGCAGUUUAUGCAGUAUUAUGCUUUCGAUGUUAUUGGGGAGAUUACGGUGGAUGAGAACUUUGGAAUGAUGGAAAGAGAAGGCGAUAACACCGGCUUCAUUGAUACAAUCCGCGAUUCACUCGUAUACCAUGCAAAAUACGGACUGAUUCCGGACGUUCACCGCGCACUCGUCAAGAUCACAGACAUCAUCGGCAAGCAGGGCUCGGGAAGAUUUCUCCAGGAUCUCCUCGUGAGGAAGAUAGAGGAACACAGCAGUGACGGGUUUAAAGACAAGCGUGACCCACGCUCCGAGCCAUUCAUCGCUAAGGUCCUAGAGCAGGAAGCUGCUCAGAAACUUACCCGCAUCAAUGUGCUUGACUCUUGUGGCGCCAACAUUGCCGCUGGCUCUGAUACCACGGGGAUCUCACUGAGUGCAGCAUUGUAUUAUAUUUACAGGAACCCGACAAAGUUGGCCAAACUGAGGCAAGAGAUCGAUCAAGGACAAGCAACCGGUCAGGUGUCAGACCCGGUGACCUUCAAGGAGUCGCAAAACAUGCCCUACCUUCAAUCCGUGAUCAAGGAAGCUUUGAGGAUGCACCCUGCUGUAGGAACUAUCCUAGCUAGAACUGUUCCGGAAGGAGGAGCACAUUUUGCAGGGCGUUAUUUUCCCGCUGGAACCCAAGUUGGUGCAAAUGCAUGGGUUUUGCACUAUGACCCUAAGAUUUAUGGACCAGACCCAUACGAGUUCCGGCCAGAGCGAUGGCUCGAGCAUGACAACGGCUCGAAAUUGCGAGAGGCUAUGUUCUUUCCAUUUGGCGCUGGCUCUCGUACAUGCAUCGGCAAAAAUAUCAGCAUACUGGAAAUGAGCAAGGUGAUUCCUCAGAUUGUCCGUGCCUUUGACUUCGAAUUCAAGCGACCAGAGCAGGAAUGGGAUUUAUUUUGUUCGUGGUUCGUCUGGCCUGAAUAUGAGUGUCUGGUUCAUCCUCGUCAAGCUGCAGGGGAAAACUAA